ACACUCUCUCCACUCUCCACAGUCCUCAGUCCCUCCCUCACCUCACUCUCUCUCGCCACUCCACACCGCAGCAGGCAGCCCAGGGCGACCAAGAUCUGGGAGCAGGCAAAUCCAUUGCGGACAGCUGCUCCGGGCUCGCAUCUGCGGUGGCGCCUCCCCUGGCUCUGCACCCUCCAACAGAUCUGAGCGAGAGAGAAGCCAUGGAUGUGGCGGCGGGGGCGAUGCGGCCCCUCCUCGAGAAGCUCGGCCGCCUGCUCGUGGCGGAAUACAGCCUGGAGGACCGCGUGAAGAAAGGCGUCAAGUCUCUCCUUGCAGAGCUGGAGAUGAUGCACGCCGCUCUGCGCAAGGUUGGCGACAAGCCGCGAGAAGAGCUCGACGAUCAGGUACUUAUCUGGGCAGACAAGGUCAGGGAGCUCUCCUACAGCAUGGAAGACGCUGUGGAUACUUUCAUGGUGCGCGUGGAGGACGACGAUGGCCGUGAGCGUGGCCCCAACAACGUCAAGAACAGGGUCAAGAAGUUCCUCAAGCGAACCAAGAAAUUGUUCAGCAGGGGUAAGGCUCUCCAUGAGAUCUCCGACGCCAUGGACGAAGCCAGGGAGCUUGCCAAGGAGUUGGGGGACCUGCGCCAGAGGUACAUGCUUGACGCCCAGGCUAAGAGUACCAUUGAUCCCCGCCUCAAGGCUGUGUACAGAGAUGUAUCGGAGCUCGUUGGCAUUGAGGAUGGAAGAGACGAAUUGAUCAAGAUGUUGACAGACGGCCAUGAGAAGCAACAGGUGAAGACAGUCUCGAUUGUUGGAUUCGGUGGAAUCGGAAAGACAACUCUUGCCAAAGCAGUGUACGACAAGAUCAAAGGGCAAUUUGGCCGCGGAGCUUUUGUUACAGUGUCUCGCAAUCCUGACAUAAAAAGGAUUUUCAAGAAGAUCUUACAUCAACUCGACAGGAACAAGUAUGCAGCCAUCCAUGAAGCUGUUAGAGACGAAGGGGAACUCAUCGACGAGUUGAGAAUGUUUCUUCAGGACAAAAGGUAUCUCAUCGUAAUUGAUGACAUAUGGGAUGAAGAGGCGUGGGGAAUUAUCAAGUGUGCUUUCUCUGAGAGCGGUCUUGGUAGUACUGUGAUAACGACAACCCGCAACAUCAAUGUUUCUAAAGCUUGCAGCAUAUCAGGUGAUGACAUGAUCUAUCAGAUGAAACCUCUUAGCGAAGACGACUCCAAGAGCCUCUUCUAUAAAAGAAUAUUUCCUCAAGAGACUGGUUGUCCUCAUGAAUUGGAACAGGUAUCCAAAAACAUCUUGAAGAAAUGUGGCGGAGUACCACUAGCCAUCAUUACCGUAGCUAGUCUUUUAGCUACUAGUGAUGAACAGAUAAAGCCAAAGUAUCAAUGGGAAACAUUACACAAUUCUAUUGGCCGUGGACUUGCAGAAGGUGGUAGUGUGAAGGACAUGCAGAGAAUACUAUCCUUUAGUUAUUAUGACCUACCUUCUCAUCUAAAGACUUGCUUAUUAUAUCUCAGUAUAUUCCCGGAAGAUUUUGAGAUUAUGAAAGACCGGUUGAUAUGGAGGUGGAUAGCUGAAGGCUUUGUGCAAGGUGGAAAACAAGAAACUAGACUUUAUGAGCUCGGGGAGAGCUAUUUCAAUGAGCUCGCAAAUAGAAACUUGAUUCAGCCAGUUUAUGAUGAUCAUAAGGUGGUAGCUUGCCGUGUGCAUGACAUGGUACUUGAUCUCAUAUGUUCCAUGUCCAGCGAAGAGAACUUUGUCACUAUACUAGAUGGUACCCAACAAAGCAAACAUAAUUUACACAGCAAAGUUCGCCGGUUAUCCUUUCAGAAUAGCAUGUCAGAGCUCACCACACAUUGGGUUGAUGUCACGAGUAUGUCGCAGCUGAGGUCUGUUACUCUCUUUAGAACUGAUGUUGAUUUGAUGCAGACUGCUCUUUCUUGCUUUCAAGUUCUGCGUGUAUUGGAUUUAGAAGGUUGCAAUUUUGGGAAAAGUGGCCACAAGAUUGAUCUUAAGCCAAUUGAGAAUUUAUUGCACCUGAGGUACCUAGGGCUACGAGUAGGAGGUACAUGUGUUGGCGUUCUCCCUGUAGAUAUCGGAAAGUUAAAGUUUCUGGAGACUUUGGAUUUAAGAAGUGGAUCAGAGGAGCCAUUAGUGGUGCCAUCAAGUGUUGUUCAGCUAAGACAUUUGAUGUGCCUACACCUUUAUUGGAAGAAUACAAAAAUACCGACUGGGAUGGGGAACCUGGCGUCCUUAGAAGAGGUGACUGGACUGUGGGUUGAUGGUUCUUCCGCUAUUGAGAAAGAGCUAGGCCAGUUGCAGGAGCUGAGGGUGCUUGAGAUUUAUGUGUGUGUGGAUGAUGAGAGCGUGUGUAGUUCUUUGGUGGCGUCCCUGGGCAAUCUACGGAAAUUGCAAAGUCUAACAAUAUGGAAUGAUGGCAAAUCAAGGUUUGAUGUCUGCUGGAACAGCUUGGUGCCCCCUCCUUACCUAAGUAGCAUUGAGUUUUGUUACUGUACCUCGACAUUGCCAACUUGGAUUAAUUCAGCAUCGCUUCCGCUCCUCUCCUCCCUGACAUUAGGUGUGGAUAGAGUGUGUCUGGAGGUUGAUAUUCAGAUCCUUGGGAAGCUGCCCGCUCUCUGUGAUCUCAAGAUAUUCACCACCAAAGCUCAGUGCACUCGCGUAGAAAGGUUCAUCGUUGGCGCUGAUGCAUUCCCAUGUUUGAGGGAGUGCGGUUUCGGUUAUUUUCAGACUGGGCCAUCUAUGUUUCCACGAGGAGCUAUGCCAAGGCUUGAAAUCCUCCUGUUCUGUGCCCGAGCGUCGCACAUCGCUAGUGGAGAACUGGACGUCAGCAUGGAGCACCUCCCUUCCCUGCAGAGAGUCCGCGUUAUCCUUUGGCGUGAGAAAGCAGCUGGCGGCACUUCAGACGAGUUUGAGGAAGCAAAAGCUGCGCUGAGGCUUGCAGCAGACGCCCAUCCCAACCGCCCCACCCUUCUUAUCGAUCAUUAUCAUACUCCCUUGGAAUCGGAAGAAGAUGAAGAAGAGGAGCAUGCAGAUUCAGGAGUUGCCGCCGGCCCGGGACAGACUGAGAAAGCGAGCUAGCUAGCAACCCAUCCCCAUCCUCGUCCAAUUCGAAUCUGCAGGUGAUUAAGCAGUAGCUGGCAGCCUAUCCCCAUACGUGCAUGUGUGUAUUAAUUUUUUCAAUCUACGCGAUAUAGUAUAUGUAGUCCCAAAGUUUAGCACCGUCAUGUAUACGACUGUCUACUUUAACCCAAAUUUAUUUGUUGUUUGACUUUCGUACAAAUAAGAAAAAAACGACGUGACUACGCAA